ACUCUGGUGACGUCACCGCCUUCCAGUAUUUGUAGUAUUUUUGGCGGGGUUCGUUUGAAAACUACGUCCCUUCAGAUGUCCGAUUCAUUUAGUAAACAUUAACUCUUCAACGUGACAACAUGGAGCGUGGAAGGAUGAGUCGAGCAACAAGCGGCAGACCGUCGGAGCUGCCUAUGCGAGUACAAGACACCAACAGGAUGAGCAUGGUGUAUACGACACCAAAGAGUAAACAGCCUUCCUUUGGGAAGCUGAACAUACCCAAACCGCAGUCUGUGACCUCUGAAAGGCGGACCAGCUUCUUUGGUGCCCGCAGGAGUGUAGGAGCCAGCAUGCCUCGCAACAGCACCAUGUCAGGGUUUGGAGGAACUGAGAAGAUCAAAGACACGAGACCUCUGCACGAUAAAUCCUUUGUUCAGCAAUGUAUCAGACAGCUGCAUGAGUUCUUGACAGAGCAGGGUUACCCAGGCACUUUGUCAGCCAAGACCCUCCAGUCUCCCUCUACCAAGGAGUUUGUGAAGGUGUUUGAGUUUGUCUACCGUCAGCUAGACCCGACCUUUGAGAUGCCAAACUCAAAAGUUGAGGAGGAGGUUCCAGCUAUCCUGAAAGCCCUGAGGUAUCCAUUUGUUCUCUCCAAGUCUUCGAUGUAUUCUGUUGGAGCUCCCCACACCUGGCCUCAGGCACUUGGGGCUCUCAUGUGGCUUAUUGACCAAGUCAAGAUCAACUGGAGUUUGAGUAAGCAGGAGCUGCUGUUCAGUGACUUCUGUGAAGACAGCGACAAUAUCGAGGAGGGGGCCGAGUAUAACAAGCUCCUCUUAGACUAUACAGCUGAGGCAUACUCCAAGUUCAUGCAGGGUGAAGACUCAUUCGAUGAUGUGGAUGAAUUCUUCCUCAAUAAACUAAAGAAACUGUACAACGUUGAUGAGACUCUGCUGGCUUCAAUGGAGGAGAAAUACAGAAUACUCACAGAUGAGGUUGAACGACUGGAGAAGGAUAGCCAGACGGACCGUCUAAUGACCAAGAGAAUGGAAAGGGUGAAGCUGCAGGCAGACCUCAAGAAACUCCAGAGUUAUCGAAGCAACCUGGAGUCCUUCAAAGCCAACCUGGAGAACAGAGCUUCAGAACUGAGUGAUGAGCUGGAGACUACUGGCAGUCACCUGGAGUCUCUAAAACAUGAGCAAAAUGAACUGCAAGUCCGCUUGCAGAACCAGAAGUUCACUCCAGCUGAUGUCGAGAGGAUCAACAGAGAGAAGAGAGAACUCCAACAGACCAUCAACAGUCUCAGCAAGUCUCUGGAAGAUGCUGAACAGCACAAGUGGAACGAGGAGAUCGCUCUGGCCAAAGUGAAAGAGAAGACGGAGUUGAAGGUCACUGAGUACCACAAGCUGGCACGUAAACUGAAGCUGAUACCACUGUCUGCAGAGAAUGCCUGUGGUCAUGACUUUGAGAUCAGGCCAUUUGAAUGUGGACCCGGCAGCAUGGUUCAACAUAAAAUGCAGAUACAGAUGCUCCUUAGAAAGCUGGUCAGUGACGUGGAGGAAGAAAACAGUCGAUUAGCCAACAUGAAACUCAGUCUGGAGGAGUCUAGUGAGCAGGUGAAUUCUAACAUCUUGGACAAGUCCAAUGACCUAAAGCAGCUGAGAGAGCAGAUUCGCAAGCUGGAUGAACGAUUGGAUUCUGACAUGCAGGAGCUUGCCCAAGAGGAACAGGACUGGGCAACAGAGGUGGAUUCAGUGGAGAACCAUCGUACACUUCUUGAGAAGAAGGUUAAUUAUGGUUACGACGAGUCCGUGCAACAACUGAAGACAGCGCAACAACAGUACCACCUGGUGCUUCAGGAGACCAACGAGGAGAGACGAACAGUAGCCAACAACCUUGCAUCUGUAUUCACCACAGCUGCCAACCACUUGUCAAUCACAGAGAAGUGCCUGGAGGAUCUGCACGGCAGAGUUCAACGUGUCUGCUCUAAGGCUGUGGAAGAGGAUGACGCUGCUGUACAGAAGCUGAGGGAAACUUUGAAGAGCUUCACGUCCAAGGCAAACAGUCUGUGAAGUGAGAUGAGAGGAUAGAGGCAUUUCAGAGAUUAGGGAUGUGUGGGGGACUUCUCCCUGUCGUUUGUGUUUUUAGUUUGGUUCCAUCUUGGAAAAAAGAAACUUACUUUAUUAGUCCUGAACAAGUUCUUGUAAUGUAUCAUAUGACUUAUUACCUUAGAUUAACAAAAAAUGUCGCCGUCAGUUUUCUUGUAUAAAUUAUUCUGUUUCAAUUACAACAGCAGUGUGUUUUUGCAACACAGAUUUCAAACAAAGUGGUUGCAUUGAGAUGAAGGUUUUGAUACAUGGCCUUUUAGUUCUAGUAUUUACAGACUCUGCUUUUUAAAUGUCUGUGUUUCUUGUCAUUUAAGUCAACACUUUUCAGUUUAUGUUAUUAAUGAACAUUCAAAUGCAAAAUAAAAAUGACCUUUAAACCCUCCAAUUUUUAUAAAAUAGUUUCUGUGCCACACAAAAUAAUUAAAUAUUUUUCACCGUUUAACACUGAAAUACAUUUUAAUCAAUUAUUGUUAUACAGAAAAAUGAAAAUAUUGCAGAACACACUUUUUUUUUUAAAGGUUGAGUCAAUAUAAAUUUGUUUGUUAAUUUCCUUACUGUGUUCAUACUGCACCUCGUCAAAUAGUUGUGUUGUACUGAAGCCACUAGAAGGCAGCAUAUGCCUCUGGUUGCUAUAUAUUUACACAUUUUACUGUGAAACUAUUGGUUAAUGUUAAUGUUGCAGUUAAUUUGAUAUCAACUUGGUUUAUUGAAGUAUUCAAAUAUUAAAAGCUUUGUAACAACUCUCUUGGUCGGAGUAAGAACCUUAUAUAAUUCCCUUUAGUUGUUUUUGUAGGUUGAAUCUCCUGCUUGCAUUCUUGAUUGGAGUUAAUCCAGCAUUCCUGCAGCACCACCAUCAGAACAAAUUUUAGCCAACUUUAUACUUAUGGGUAUCCAAACCCAAUAAUCUGUGAAUUCAUGAAUUUGACAUCUGAUUUGUUCAACACUGGUUGCCAAUGAAAUAGCAGGCAUAGUUUCCAUUUGUGUCGGUCUCAUUUCUCCUAGUUAUUCUGAACACAGAGCAUUUAAGUUCCACAUGACAGCCAAAACCCAUAAA